CCGAUCUUUCUCAUAUUCUCUGUGAAUUAUUGUAAUAUAUGCUGAAACAUACUGCAUGUUGGAAGUCAUAUUCUGGAAUUAAUGGAGCUUGGACCCCGAGGGAUGCAACAUCCGUUGCACCCGGAACAUACCCUUGAGAUCACUAAAGGAUUAUGGGAAAAUUGCCAUGACUGCGGUGAAAACUGCAAGCAGGGCUACGUAUAUCAUUGUUCUAGCUGCGAAUUUUACCUUCAUCCAAAAUGCGCUUUGCUAGAGCUCACCAUAAAAGCUGAAAGUCAUGACCAUCCUUUGAGCCUCCUUCGAAGAUCAUUGUCGUUCACUUGCGAUACUUGUGGUGAAAAAAGAAAUCCAUGCAUGUCCUACUUUUGUAUCACCUGCUCAUUCAUGAUUCACACGCAAUGUGCUCUCUUUCCAUUGAAUCUCAAAGUAACACGUCACAACCACCCUCUGAGUCUGAACCUCAAAUACUUUCCUCGGCUCAACCAAUCGGAGAAUCGGGAAAUUUGCCAACUCUGUGUUAGAAAGGUGGACACAAAAUACAAAGCUUAUUAUUGCUCUAGUUGUGAUUUUGCUGCACAUCCUCGUUGUGCUACAAAAAUCAUGGUCAUCAGGAAUGAAACAUUUGACCCGGAAUUGAAAGAUGAUCAGCCUAAUGAGACCCACCUUCUUGGGCCAGAUGAAUCGACUGAACCAUUGUUUCAAAUUGUCGACAAGAUCAACCCGGGAAACGGAAAAGCUGAAAUCGUCACAGAGAUCAAACAUAUAUGGCAUGAACAUCACUUAAAGCUUGCAGUGGAGCUAGAGAACAAUGAAAAAUGCAACGGGUGUGCGCAGUAUCUCUCCUCUCCGCAUUAUUGUUGUUUACAAUGCAAGUUCUUUCUUCACAAAUCUUGUGCUGAUUUACCCAGAAAAAAAUUACACCCACUCCAUAACCAUCCGCUCACCCUCCUCCCAAACAAAUCUCAGGAUGAAUAUGGCCCUGAAAUCUUUCGUUGUAAUGCUUGUGAAAGUUUGUGUAAUGGGUUCGUAUACAGUUGUGAUGGCUGCCGCUUUCAGCUCGAUGUCCCUUGUAGUUUGAUUCCAACCAAAUUUACUCAUGAGGGUCAUGACCACCCACUUUUUCUUUUGAGCUCAGGCAAUGCAGAUUCCGGCGAAUGUACCUCCUGUGGAAAAUUUAGAAGUCUGUUGAUCAUACGUUGUGCUGAUUGUGAAUUUUCUAUGGACUUGGAAUGCGCUACACUACCGCGUACCACAAAAUAUGGGCCCUAUGAGCAACCCUUCAUACUCUCUUACACCGUUGAGGAUGACUCUGGUGAGUAUUACUGUGAUAUUUGCGAGAAAAACCGAGAUCCGAAGCAUUGGUUCUACUAUUGUGCAGAUCUCCGCUUUGCUGCUCACCCAAAAUGUAUUCUGGGGGACCAUCCACGUAUCAAGUUUGGGCGCACUUUCACAUACGACGUCCACGAGCAUCCUCUCACUUUGGUUGAGAGGACCACGGAUCAUCCUAAAUGUCACUCUUGUGGUGAAUCUUCCGAUUCAUUGAUCUUCGUAUGUGUCAAGUGUGAUUUCAUUCUCGAUCAUGAUUGUUUGAGGAAAAUGAAGAAAUGACAUAUAUAUAUAGCUGCGCACAAGCAUCUACCAGAUUGAAAUUGGACGCAUGCAUGCAGCUAGCAUCCGCCAUCUACACUCUGUCUUGGGGUGAAUAAAAUCCUCCAUGAGGUUAUUCAUGAUCAGGCGCUGAAAGACUGCAAUUUGGAUUUUAGACAUUAAUUCAAUCGUAAGUCAUGAUGAUCUCAUGCAUGGAUGGUU